CGGUUGCGCCCGAUCCCCGUCUCCGUGCGACCGUGUGGUGUGAGAGAGAAGGGAAGAGGGGGAAGCGGAAGCAGGAGGGGGUCGUCAUCGCGUGGUGACCGCGCCGCUCUGUUCCUCCGUCCCCGCCCCCCACCUCCGGCUCUCGCAGUCACAUGUCGUGUGGCGCGGGGGGAGCUCUGAUCCGGAUGGUGCAGCGCCGCGGGAUCGCCCACGGCCAUGAUUGAUCGCGAACGAGCAGAGGAAAUGCAAGUUAAUAAUGAGGCGCCACUAGGGUGCCUCAAGCCAAAUAUUUCUCAGUAUAACUCUCCAGAGCAGAGAGGUGGAAUUGAAGGAGUUCCUGAGAAUAAUGAAAAAAGGAAUGAUAUGGUUGUUGCGGAAAAAGUUUGGGAGGCAUCACCUGUUCCAACUCAAGGCCUUGGCAGACCCUUCUACCGACAAGAAUUUUAUGCUUGGCCAUAUAUUUAUUCAGAUUACCAAAUGGUGCGUCAGCCACUACCUUAUGGCUUUGAGAACCAGUUUUAUCAAGUAAAUAGGGACCACAGUUUUCCUAUUGAGAACAGAAUUCAGUAUCUUCCAUUCAAGAUGCUCCCCCAAGGUCACCCCCAUGAUGCACAACUUCAGGAAUUUCAAUAUUUUGUGGUUAUUGACUUUGAAGCAACCUGCGACAAGGUGAACAAUCCAUUUCCACAAGAGAUCAUUGAGUUUCCAUCUGUCUUGGUUAACAGUGCAACUGGGAAACUGGAAGAAUGCUUUCAAACGUACGUUCGGCCAACAUAUCAUCAAUUUUUGACUGACUUCUGCAAGGAGCUUACUGGUAUACAACAGAUUCAGGUGGACAGAGGUGUGCCACUAGGUGAAGCCUUACUCAUGCAUGAUAAGUGGCUAGAGGACAAGGGCAUUAAGAACACAAACUUUGCUAUUGUCACCUGGUCUAAUUGGGACUGCCGGACAAUGCUGGAGUCAGAAUGCAGAUUUAAGAGAAUCAGGAAGCCCCCUUAUUUCAACAGGUGGAUCAACUUGAAGGUACCUUUCCAUGAAGUGUAUGGGGAUGUCCGUUGCAACUUGAAGGAGGCAGUUCAGUUGGCUGGCCUUACAUGGGAGGGUCGUGCUCACUGUGGACUCGAUGAUGCUCGCAACACUGCUCGCCUCCUGGCACUUAUGAUGCACCGGGGCUUCAAGUUCUCUAUCACCAACUCACUUGUGUGGCAACCUGCCCCACAGUCAGCAACCUGCCUGCUAUCCCCUGACCACUCUCCAGAUCCUGUCCAACCGCAGCAUAAGCCGAAUGAGAUGCUCGGAUCUCCUGUGCAGGUUAAUCCCUAUGCCCCCUCCGCAGGGAAGGACAGAGCAAUGUACUGCUACUGCGGUGUGCUGAGCAGGUGGAGCGUUGUGCGCAAGCCAGGACCCAUGCAGGGACGAUACUUCUAUGGAUGCGGCAACUGGACCGCCACGAGGCGGGCGAUCUGCCCAUACUUUGCAUGGGCGUCGUAGAGGCGUAAUGUGCUGCCGUCCAAGCAGAUCUCAAGGGCAAAGGACCUGGUGCUUCAACUAAGGGAGGUGCUAUGUUGCGGUUGCCUGCUCCUCCGCUGCGCCUCCCGAUCCGUAUAUAUUAUGAUAUAACUUUGCUCAUAAGACAAUGGACGCUCACUAGGUAGUGUCUAACCUGUCAUGCUGACUUCUGUUGAUAGAAGAGAAUGGGCUCAGAUGCUGCUUAGGUGUGAUUUAUCCAUGAAUAAUCUAAGUUUGUGGACACUGUUUUUAACUUAAUGGAACUAUUGUAGGUGUGGCUUGUGCAACAUGAACUUGAAAGCUUGGUUUGCAG